AAGGUGGGAUCGGAUCACGGUUCACGACACAACAGCUGUACACUCACGGAAGAGAUCGUUAACAAUUCAGCCAUGCACGGGAUGUCAUUUCAUUUUGGUUUCCGGGAGGUCAUACUCUUUGACAAAUGGAGAACGACGGACUUGACGGGCAUCCUUUGGUCCAUGAUUGGCAUCAUCGUGAUGGGAGUGAUUUAUGAGGCUUUGAAAAAUUACAGAGAGUACCUCAAUUUCAGGACUUCUGUUCAGAAAAUGACAGCGCCAAGGAGAAAGAGGAUGUUCUCGUCGGUACACGUUUUCCAAACUGUUCUGCAAGGAUGCCAAGCAGUGCUGGGAUACUUUCUGAUGUUCAUAUUCAUGACGUACAACGUGUACCUGUGCAUCGGCGUCGUUGUCGGCUCGAUGCUGGGCUAUUUUCUGUUUGGCUGGAAGUACGCGAGGUGUGACGUCAACGAGUGUUGUUCGUAA